UCGCCCGGCUCCUCGGUCGCCAGUCUUGAGAGAUACCGAGUUCAAGGAGCAAGAAACUCAGAGAGACAAAAAAAAGAAGAGAAAGAAAAAGUCGUUACAAGCAAAGACAUUGCCGCAAGUUACACGGUUUUCAAUCGGUGCAGAAAAACGACAACAAAGCGACGACAAUGAUGAAGGUUGUGGUUGUGUCCCUCAUUGCUCUUGUGGCUUCUUCGGUCGCUGCCCCUCAUGGCUUCGUCCUUCAGAGACAAGACAACACAGGGGCACCCUUCACGUGGCUCUCGGCCCUGAAGGAUGCGCACGCCAGGGGAAGCUAUCUGGCACCUCCUGUCGACAUCCCAAGGGCCAAUGUUUUCGUAGGACCUCAUCGUGGAUUCACACUCUCCAGCAACAAACCCCUCUCCCAAUGGCUCCACGGCGUAGUUGAGUCCGCUGUGGCACGACACAACUCUCUGCACAAAUCCCUCGCGUUCACCCCUGCUGUCAACCGCUACUAUGGCUCCUUUGUCGUCCCUUCUCGUGGAUUCCCCCAAAUCCCUGUAGUUCCCCCGACCAUUCCUAUCACUAGGACUCACUCUAACCCAUCUGUCACCACGACCAGCUCCGUCCCCACUACCUCUUCGCCCUCGACGACCACCACCACGACCCCUUCCGUCCCCACGACCACCUCUCGCUCGACGACCACCACCACGCCCGCCCUCCCCUCGACGACCACCCUCCUUCCCCGUAGCCUCGAAGGGGACACCGACGUGAACUACGUGGGCCCCGUCCCCCGAGACAACCCCGAGGCAGAGGUCUUCGACGAGGAGCUGGUGAGGGAAGACGCCCGCAGGAACUUCGCCGAUGUGUCCGAGGAGUUUGGCGAAGUUCAGCCUGAGUCGUCGGAGGUCGCUAGGUCUCAGCCUGUGGAUUCUGAACGCACAGACGCGCCCUUUUUGUAAACUAUCGGAAUAAUACGUACUAUUACGGUCUUAUAACCAAAGCUUGCCAUAAAGUUCGUAGUUACCCUGUAUAGUGGCACUAACGAUCGACCUUGGCACAGUGCCAUACAUACAUCUUGAGGAAAUAUAUUCCCGUGCCUUGUGCCCCUUGGCUUUACCCACACAUAACGAAGCAGCUCAUUAUUUAUUAAUUUCUGUGUCUACAAAGCCUUAAGAGGUGACGUAACAUUGCAAGCGCACACUUGCAUUGUUAUGUAAGUAUUGGGGGAUAUAUUUCUUGAUAUCCUUUCCUAGGAUUAAGUGCUUGUAAGUUAAUUAUAUUGUUUGUUAUCUUUUUUAAUAAAAACAUUAAUUCCAAAAUGAA